UUAGGGCCCAAAGAACCAGAGGCUACUCUGCUUUGGGCCUGUGCAUCAAUAAAACUGCUCUUCAUUAUUUCUGAAUGCCAUUUGGGUCUCUCCAUCGAAAUUCCCAACAACAUUUGGUGUGAUCGGCCAGGAAAAACCCGUUCAUGUAGGCUGGAUUGGCUAGCCUCUGAUGAGGAACUGAGAGCUGGGAGCUCCAGGUGGGGCCCACCCCUGAUUAGAGGUGGAGCCACCUGCACCUUGUGAGCAGGACUAUCUCUGGGGGCAGCAAUCCUGGGGACCGUAGCUACUCAACCCACCAGGUUCUGUUUGGAAUUUGGAAAAGUGGCCUCCUGGAAGAUACCUGUAAGCACCUCCCUGGUUGUGUUCCUGUCUGCCAUGACUUGGACCAUAAAGUGGAAUCCCUGGCCUGCUCCCUACAAACACUCUACUCUACCUUUAUACCACAUAUACCUCAUCCUUGAACUUCUUGUAUUCUUCAAUCAGAAACAUUCACAGUAUGUGGCCCUCAGGCCCAGCUCACCCUGGCCUGGGUCGGGGAAGAUGUCCCACUCUCCUGUCAUCUCUCCCCUAAAAUGGAUGCUCGAGGAAUGACUGUGAAGUGGGUCAGAGGCCCACUGGUUGUGCACCUGUACCGCAUGGGGCAGGAGGUAGAGGAAGUCCAGGCCCCUGCAUUCCAAGGGAGGACAACGCUGCUGAGAGAGGACAUGGCUGAGGGGAAGGUGACCCUGAGAAUCCACCAGGUCCAGCUCUCUGACACUGGGUGGUACACGUGCUAUUUCCAGGCAGGCCCCUUGUACAAUGAAACCAGCUUUCACCUUCACGUAGCAGAGAAUCGCCCCACAUCUCAGAAGAGAGUUAAAAUCAUUGUUCCUGUAUCCUUGGUGGUCUUCAUUGGUGUCUUACUGGUCUUAGGGAUUUGUUUCUUCUACCAAAGAAAUCUACAGAGACACAGAGGAGUCUCAAAGUGGCCAAUCCCAGGAGGAAGACAGAGAAACAAAAGUGACCAGCAGGGAGCCAUAUACCUCUCCCAAGGACCUCCAACUUCUCCAAGAGCUGCCAACCAUUUCUCCUUUAGAGAAAUAGGAAGGGGAAGGUGGGCCAGCAUUACUACAGAGCUUAUUAAAAGCCCCUACUUUUGUUCCCCUUUCUCUCCCUGGGACUUCUAGCAAUUGUGGAAGGAUUGUCUUUCUCUCCCCUCCCUAAACCCAGCAUUAAAGAUAAUGGGAUGCAAAAACACAGGAUCUUAGUAGGGCUUUGGUUUUUGAUAACUAGCCACCAGGGAAUGUAUUCCUGCAACCGUUCUUAGUGUGACCAAUUUAAAAUUUUAGAUUGUAAACAAAAAUUAGCUCCAGUAAAAAGUCAUUCCCUAUUAAACCUGUAAGUUAGAAAAUACAGUAGACGUGGUUACAUAGUUACUGGCAUGUAACAGCUUCACUCUCAGCCCUAAAUUCUGUGUAACUAGAAUGUUUGGUUUUAAUUUUAUUUGGAGUUUGAUUCUGUAGAGCAAUGUUAAGGUAGAGCAGAUAGAAGUCAGAAAUCUUAAUGCCCUGCUGAAGCGGACUGAUUUCCCCCAAAGCUAGAAGACUACUGAUGUUUCCUUGGGGAAAGUAAUGGUUUGAAUUCUUGGUUCUUCUUCUGACAUUGAACCUGGAACCUUAACAAGGACUUGGCUCUUUUAUUGGUGCUGUGGUCCUUCAUCUUCUACCUGCUGAAAGUGCUAAUUAUUAGGGAUCAUAAGCUCCCAGGAGAUUAUAUGAAGACCCAUACCCCCCCAAACCUCUCCUUUCCUAGUGUUUUUCCUAGAGGACCAAUCACAUUAUGGUGAUUUUGAUCUAAGUUAAAACAUCCCAUAACCAAAUCAAGAGCCAGUGUGGCCUGUAAGAAAGAAGGUGGAAUGUGGAAUCAGAAGACCUGAGUUCAAAUCCUACCUGGAUUCCCCCAGGCAAAUCAGGUUUCUGUUUUGUGGUAAAAUAAUGGGAUUUAGCAGAUACUCAAAGGCCUACCUGGAGAUUAAUCUAAACUGAUUGAAUUAAGUAAGAGUGAUUGACUGCUGAUUAGCCUAUUUCAA